AUUCAUUCAUUCACCUUCCAUUUAUUUUCAUUUUGAAAAGGCAGCGUUUCAAUAUUUCUGUUUUUUCUUCUAUUUUCCUUCUAGAAAACUGAAAUAUUUUUACAUAUUUCAAAUUGUUACAUAUUUUAUGAAAAAAAUAUAUUUUGGGUUGUUAAAAAAUGCAAAAAAAAUUAGCAUAUCCGAUGCAAAAAAAAAGGAAGGUAGUAUGUUGACCAAUUAGUUACAAGGGCUAAUUAUAAGGUGCAUGGAAACCGGAAUAUUUAGCUGUCCACAGAUAUAUCACUAUUACGACGGCCACAAGCAGCAUUUACAAAAAAACCACGAAACGACGUCGUUUCGAGUUGUCUUCAACCUCACCCUAACUUUGGUUUCUCAUCCUUUCUUUUAUAAAAUCCCUUUUUUCCUCAUACGAUUUCUCUCUCUGUUUCUCAUAUCUCCUCUCUCAGCGUGUGCUCUCUCCUCUCUCGGGUAUCUUACUCAGGCGUUCUUGUGUGUGGAUCAAAGGCCAACAAGAAAAAAAAAGAUGAAUCAUUACAACUUCCAGCAGCAGAACGCCUUCAUGUCUCCUCGCGAGGAGAUGAUGGGAUUCGAACGCAAGGAUCUCGUCGUUUGUCCUAAGCCACGACGUGUUGUUGGAUGCUUACUCACCAACAACCUCAUUCGCCCUCUCAGAUUACACAUGAGUCAAGCUGCUGCUGAUUUGUGUGAUUCCAAGGCUGGUGCUGAGCUUUUAGACAUCAUUCGUAGAAAGGAGGAUAAUAAUAAUAACGGACCAAUAGGGCAGUUACUAUCAUCCUCACCUGUAUCUUCAUCACCGUAUUUCCCCGGUUCACCUCCGAGCAGAGCAGCGAACCCAUUAGCUCAAGAUGCUCGCUUUCGCGACGUCGAGAAACUCAGUCCCGUCUCACCAAACUCUCCUUUCCUUCAGCCCAAUUCAGCAACCGCGUUUCCAUCUCCAUCAGCUUCUUCUUCGUCUUCUUCGUCAGCAUCAUCGUCUCGUGGCUGCGUUAGGAUGAAAUUUGGGCUCAAACCACCUGCGGUUAGAGUUGAAGGGUUCGAAUGCUUGAACCAAAACUCGGGCAUUCCUGCCAUGGCUUAAAGUAGACAAGACGAGACGGACAAGUGUGUAUAUAGAGAUUCCAUCGUUUGUUCACCACCAGGGCAGGGCCUAACAGAAGAGAAGGAUUUGAUUACUAGUACGACCACCACCAUUUUGAAGCAAAUGAAAUAUUGUGAAAUAUCUUAGUGUUUUUAAUCAUCUUUUCCUGAGAGAGUGAGAGGGAGGAGGAAGAUGAAGAUCAGUUACCGUUUGCCUGUGUUUUGUUGACUUAUUAUUCAGGUUAGUCUUUUGUAUAUAAAGAGUCCAAAUCUAUGUAUUCGUUUUGGUGUUUUUUUUUUCUGGCUCAGGCUGAUCUUUUUAAUGUUUAAUUAAGGGGAAGAUUUAGGAGAAUCUGUAAAAUAUAAUCGAAUCAUUUUUUCCACCAUUGUAUUUGUAUAUAGUAAUGUGUCUCUUUAACUUUGUUCGAGGGAGUUUAAGCUCUCUCACAAACACCUUUGUAUUUGUAUUUUGGUGUGUAUAUUAAUGCCUUCUUGUUA